AUGAGAAGAAGUGGCAAUACCUUAGAACCAGUACUUCCUGAAUAUCGUAUUAAUGUAUUUAUUUCCCAGGCUAUGGGUCUUCUUGCUUUCUCUGAAGUAACAACUCAGGAUUCCGGUAUCUACGUAUGCAUGGUGACGGUGCAUAAUUUGGACAUCGAUUAUUCCAUAGAUGGUGGGGACUCUUUCAAGUCUCCCGAUUACCCUUUGAAUGUAGACGAGAGUAAUGAACCACGUCAGGAACCUCGUAUACAGGACAGCUUUCCUGCAGUCUGGCCGAAAAACCCAAUCCAAGGUCGUCUAGUUCGACUUGAAUGUUUCGCUGCAGGCAGCACAAGAUCUGGGCCUCUCGUCUAUUCUUGGAGACGGCGGGAUGGCUUGCCAAUACCACCAGCUGCCUUAAAAGACUCAAAUCGAGUAAUUGAGUUUCCCUCUGUACAAUUAGAGCACCAAGGUGAUUACGAAUGCUCGCGCAAAAAAGUAGACCAUGAUUAUUACAUAAAUGUGCACUUCGGCCUUGUGCUUACUCUUCUUUCGAUGUCGGCUGCCGAAGGUGACGAAGGAGGCCGGGUUUAUACAGAAGAGGCAGGUUCUAUUGCCCGUCAAAACGAUGACCUUGGCAUUGUUCGCGACGCCGAGGGCCGUAAAGCUAUGCCCAAGUGGCUAGAGUUGCUGAUCAACACGUUGCCUGCUUUCGUCGCUAAGCCUCGUGAUCAGGUCGUCGACUCGGGCAUCUCCGUGCGUUUCGAUUGUGAAGCUUUUGGCAAACCUCAGCCCGUACACAUUUGGUUCCGGAAUGAGGAGAGUGUGCUCGACCUGCUGACGGCAGGAAAGCUCGAUGCUGCCCGCUACACCCUUGUGGACAGUUCCAUAUCACCAGCCACCUUGAAGAUAUCACAGGUAUCUCCUAAUUGCAAUGUUUUUUCUUCUUGCCUUUUACAAUUCCGCCAUAAGAACCAGUACUAA